CUUUUUUUAGUGAUAAAAAUGUGUAAUAUUUAUUUAUGUAUCAUAAUUGGCGCGUUUAAAAUUUUAAAGAUGGCGCUGAUAUGUGCGUGAUGUUUCGCAUAAGAUAUCUGAAUCUAUAGUGAAAAAUUUCUUUUAGAACAAAUGUGAAAUUGAUUUAAGUGGAUGUAAAAUUAAAAUUUUAUGUUUUACUAAAUAUUUGAGAAUUUUAAAAUAUAAUUUUUUUAAUUAAAUUUAUGCUUUAUAACAUUUCAAAUAGAAUUCGAUCACGUGAUAAUAUAGCGAUGCCAACCUGCUCACGAGUACCUAGAUUGAGACACGUCGUUACUAUACUUUAUCGCGGUUCAAAACCUGUCGGUCUGCAUUCCAGUGUGCUGGUGGACGCCAAGCGUCGUGUUCUGUGAGAGAUAGAUUGUGAUCGAUUCACGGGAAAGUCAAAGGAUCUGGAACAAAUAGAUCGUACGGCUGGAUCGAAGGAAAAAGGUAAAAAUAUAAAUGCAAUGAAAAUUAUCGUUGAAAAGUUUUCUUGUGAUAUCGUUGUAAAAGAUCAUCUGCCGGAAAGGGUGAGCCAUCAAUAUUUUUGGUGAAAUUUGAAUAUGAUGGAUAAUAAAUUGUUAAAAUGUAUAAUAACAAUGAUUAUAGUUAUAAUUCUAAUUAUUUGAAUUAUUGACAUUUGAAAAAACACUCAUUCGGAUAAUACCGCGCUACUUAUUGCGCCUGCGUUCUAAUAAAGUAUACACAUUACGUACUUUUUGAUUAAAGUCUUAGACGCAUUUUGAUACGCGUAGUAAUGCGGUCGAAUUGUCAACUUCCCGAUGAAGCUCAUUAAAGUAAACCGGCUACAUUAGUAUAAUAAUAAUGUUAUUGAAAGGAAACUUACAACUAUUUUACAAAUAUUAUUAUUUAAUUAAUAAAUAUAAAAUGAGAAUAAUAUAAGCGUAAAAAUAAAGUGUUAAUAUUUGGAUAAGUACUAGUUAUAGGAAGUAGAUUAAAAUAGCGUAUGACACAUAUACGGCUAAAUAUUCGUUGCUCGUUUUACUAAGCUAUCGUUAUGCUGAGCAGGAAAAUAAAGUUAGUCAUAUAUCUUGUAUCGAGAUGAAACAUGAUGAUGUGUGAAGAAUAAAAGUUCACGUGAUUAAUCGACAAUCAACGAAAAGGAUGAUCAUCGGCACAUAAGGAUACUUGUCAAAUAAUGUGUCAAGAUGCGAUCUGUGCCCUUUCUAUGUGGCAUUGUUACGAUUUUAUUUUAUGUCUUAAUCAAUCUUGUAUAUGGGCAAAGACAGGAGUUAGGCAUGUCUUUUACCAGACAUCCACAACCAUUGGAUGCACCAAUAGGCGAUGACGUGAAUUUUGAAUGUAAUUUGAAUCUUGGCGCAGAACGUUUUUCUUGGCGCCAUAGACCAUUGAGUUCAGAUAAGUGGUUGCCAGUUUUUCACACAAUUAGUAAUGGUGGCAAAACAUCUAGGCAUGUGGUAAAAUUUGAUAAUGAAUCGAAAGCCGGAGAUUAUCGUUGUAUAGCUUUUUAUGGUUCAAGUGGUUUAGCUUCUGAUCCGGCAAGAUUAACAUUAGCUACACUACACAAGUUUUCAGAUAAAAAUGAUGUUAUUAUAAAUGUUCCAGCAGGAAAUAUUGUACCUAUCACUUGUCCUAUACCUUAUUCUGCACCAGAAGCAAUAGUUCAGUUUUAUAAAAAUAAUAAUCUCAUACAAAAUGUUAAUAUAAUUGGUAGCAAAACUAUGAUUAUUGAGAAUGCUAAAAUAUCAGAUAGUGGAUCUUAUCACUGUACUGCUAGCAAUUAUAUAACUACACAAAUAUAUUCAAGUAACUAUAAAACAAUUUUAAAUGUACAUAAAAAUAUUAGUUUUUUAGCACCAUAUUUUGUUAAGCAACCACAAACAGAAUACAAAGUUUUACGGGGCAAAAAUAUAACAUUAGAAUGUUUUGGUGCUGGCUAUCCAGUACCUUCUGUUACAUGGAGUAGAUUAGGCAGUCCAUUACCAUCAAAUUCCAUAAAAAAUUUGAUAGGCUUAAUGAUAAUUAAUGUUCAGCCAUCAGAUAGAGGAGAGUAUGAUUGUAUGUGGAGUAGCAAUAAUGCACAUAUUAAAUCUGUAAUUAUAUUAAAAGUCAUGGAAGCUCCAAAAGUAAUUAAACCACCGAAGGCAUCCACAUUCUCUGAAGGUGGAGAAUUAGAACUUUCUUGUGCAGUAACUGGCGAACCACAACCAAAAGUUGAAUGGUUAAUUAAUGGAGAAUCUUUGACACCUAGUGAUAAUGUGGAAAUUAAAGGUUCCACACUUCUUAUAUCUGAAGUUGAGAAAAAACAUGCUGGUAUUGUCCAAUGUGUUGCAAGUAACGAAUAUGGGUCUCAUUCUGGUUGCAAUUUACUAAGAGUAAAUCCUAAACAACAUAUUGGAACAACAGAAAUCAGACAGGAUUAUGGAAUUUCUAAUUCAAAACAUAAACAUACUAGAGGAGGAGGUAGACGAAGAAGUAAGGAAGGGAAACAUAAAGGCACUGCGGUACUAGUACCACCGAAUCAACCAAAUGUCACAAGACUUUCAGAUGUGUCUGUAAUGGUUAGAUGGUCUGUACCUGAAAAUACAGGAUUGCCGAUUCAAUUUUUUAAAGUUCAAUAUCGAGAACUUGGACAAAAAAUGAAUGGCAAACAAGCCAAGUGGAUGACUGCAAAUUCAGAAAUACCAAAUAAUGUACGGGCUUUUGAAGUAACUGAUUUACAACCUGAUCAUACUUAUCGAUUUAGAAUUGCUGCAGUUUAUUCAAAUAAUGAUAAUAAACUUAGUCCAAAUUCCGUACGUUUUCAUCUUAACAAAGACGGUGGAAUCGAAAGUAAUAAAAUGCCUAUACCUUUAUUAACAAACACUGAAGCUUUAGGUCCACAUGAAGUAUUACUCAUUUGGCAAAAUUCAGAUAAAUCGGCAAAUAUUGAUGGUUUUUAUGUAUACCAUCGAGCCUCUACCACAGCUGGAGAUUACAUAAAAACUACAGUGGAGGGCAAAGAUUCUUUCAACAUAACUAUUUCUCACUUGCAACCAGAUACAACAUACGAGUUUAAAGUGCAAAGUUUUUCUGUGGAUGCUGCUUCAGAAUUUUCUCAAAUUCUUCGACAAAAAACAAAAAAAUCUUUGAAUAUGAAUGAACAUAAUGAUUACAAUAAUCGAAAUGAUCAUAAUAGCAAUUUAACAUUAGAUAGUCGAGUAAGACCUGCAGACGAUAAAAAUGUGAAUAUGUAUGCCAUAAUUGGCGGAGUUCUCGGAGGAUCGACUUUACUAGGUAGUUUAACUGCAGUCGCAGUAAUAUAUAAAAGAACAAAAUACAAACAGAGUCGAGAAUCAUCACAAAGUGAAGGGAAACCAAUAACAAAUGGAAGAAUAAUGAAUGGUGGAGUAACUGAUUCAAAAAUAAAUAUAACUUCAAAUCCACUUGCUGGUCUUGAUACAUCUGAAGAUAUAAUACAGCCUAAGGUUGGUAUUUCUUUAGCCAUUGGUCGCGUGUUCUUUAAAUUCUACUUGCACAUUCUCUGCACUCUCUCUGGAAGCCGCUUUUCUUUUGUAUUUUCCGAACACCACAUACGUACGUUAUAUAUUAUCUACAUGUCCAUGCUUCUUUGUGAGUGA